AUGUCGUGCGGGGCAGAAUGCCUGUCACUCGGCCCGCCGCCGGACUCAAUCGUACACAUGCCGCCGCCCCCCCUGCCGGCCUUCUUAGCUAACAUAGCCAACUUGACGCCCCCGUGCCGAGCCUCCAAAUGUCCACCUUCUCAGAACAACGAAGACAACACCUUGUUCCCUGGUGUGGAGUACCAUGAACUGCCUAGACAUGAGCCAGCCGGGACUGAUGACACGUGGUUCCUGGUGCUCAUAACGUGCUGCAUUGCAGUGCUCUGCAUCGCAGCAUUAUUGGCACUCUUCCUGCUUAAAUGCCGAGAGGCUCGCGGUGGCUGUAAAUCGGGCACAGGAAAAACAGGAGGGUCAAAUACACUCUAUGGCACUGCACUUGAUUCUCGCGUGCUGUGGGCUGCGUUGACCCCUCGUGGUACUCGACAUUUCGUAGCCGAUCCGUACCAUGAAGAUGAUCAUCACUACGAGUGUGUCGAGCCCCCCCUAUCCCCCCUCUACAAACUCGCUCCACCCGAGGACAUCACUAGACAUUUCAACGUCGAAUACGAAGACCCGGCCCCAUUAAUAGAGAGCUAUUCCGACAGAACUGAGGAGUAUUUCAAGAAUGGAAUGGAAACCUUACGUCGAGGAAACCGACCCUUAGUCUCCUCCCCAACUAGAAUUGAAAGACCUAAUCUCCCCCCACUGAAUCUCCAGCCAAGAACUCUCCGCCGUGCCCCACACUCUCGCCGAGUUAGUGAUGCGAAUAAUCCGGAAAAAUCGGCUAUCUGAACCGAAAAUGGCGCGGUGUUUUCCGUCGCCGAUUC